AUGGCGCCUAGACCUCCUCCUCCACCUCCACAACCCGAUCAGACGGAAAUGAUGCGGAUGAUGGAAUCACUAAUGAACUCCAUGCAACAACAAAAUAAUGCACUAGUCCAACAAAAUACCAUGGCACUACAAAACUUAGAAGCCGCUAGAAUGGCCUCGGAAAGUGCUAGGGUGGCAGCUGAGGCCACCCAAAGACAGUUCUUGGAGGUGAUGACUAGUGGCAGGAUUCCCACCGGUCCUUCUUCUUCUUCGACUGCUCCAACUCAAGAAUGGAGUUUGGAGAAUUUCUUGCAGCAUCAUCCCGCCAAGUUUGAUGGCAAAUGCUCACCAGAUGAAGUCGAUCAGUGGCUUCGUGAUAUGGAGAGAGUCUACAACGCCAAGAGGUGCCCUGAUGAGAACAGGUUGUCUUAUACUGAGUACAUGUUGACUGGAGAGGCAAGCCACUGGUGGAGCAGUGCACGUAUGAUCUUAGAGGGAGCUAGAACCCCUAUCACAUGGGACUUAUUUAAGAGGAAGUUCUACAGGGAAUACUUCCCUGACACUCUUAGGUAUGCGAAAGAAGUGGAGUUCUUGGAGCUAGUACAGGGAAACAUGUCAGUAUCUGAGUAUACUAACCAUUUCAAACAUCUCCUCCGAUUUAAUACCAUGACGGUGGAUGAAGAAUGGCAGUGCCGCAAGUUUGAAAACGGGCUGCGUGGUGACAUCAAGCUCUUGGUGAAGGGACACUGUUUGAGGGAGUUUCCGACUUUAGUAGAGAUGACUAGAGAUAUGGAGAAAACCAAGAGAGAAGCCGAGGGAUACCCUAGCCGUCAGGCCCAGCCACUAAGGGUUGGGGGACCAGCCAUGUCUAGAGGCGGGUCCAGUUCCAGGAAGGCACCAUACUCCAGAUCUUCUUCUUCUCGUAGUUUUGGAGGAUCUUCUCAGCCUUCCGUUCAAUCGAGCCAAUCCUCCUCUCUGAGUGGCGUGAGAUGUUGUGGAUGUGGAGGUCCUCACUACUUAUCUUCAUGUCCCCAGAGGACUAAUUUUCGGAGGUGCAACCGAUGCCACGAGGAGGGCCACUAUGAGCGUGAUUGCCCUAUGGGUAGGAGAGCUACUUCCCAGCCGCAGCAUGCAGGGAGAUCUCAGCACAGAGGUGGCAUCGGACCUCAGGCCACCGGAUGUGUUUAUGCAUUGACGGGGGCAGAAGCAGCUAGCUCAGGUGAUUUGAUCUUCGGUAUAUGUUUAUUGGGUGGUAGAUCUUGCAUGGUCUUAUUUGACUCGGGAGCGACACACUCAUUUGUGUCAGAUACUUGUACUAGAGAGUUAGGGUUAACAGUGAGAGAGCUACAGUAUGACUUGACUGUAUCUACUCCUACUUCUGGGAUAGUGAAGACCUCUACAUUCUGUGUUAGAUGUUCAGUAGUGGUUGAGGGACAUCAGUACAAGGUAAACUUGAUAUGUUUACCUUUGCAGGGUUUAGAUGUCAUCCUAGGGAUGGAUUGA